AUGAUUCCGUUCUUUGAAGAGCCUGCGAUAUUGCAACCCUGUAGCAAGCCUCUACGCUCGGAAGCAGCCACUUCGGCACCCCCGAGCCCUCCAGGGCAUGAGUGGUUAUCCAUCUCAGAAGAGCCGACCUUACCUCCUGUCUCCUGGGAUGCUAUACAUGGCCAUGCACAGUCCCGGUCAGGGAUCAUUCGGGGGUUCCCUGUAAAUCCAUUGAGUCGCGAUAGGAGAGCUGAAAUGGUGAAGUGUGCAAAGUUUGCCGUACAAGGGGCCGCCUCUAAACUCUUCCCUUGCCGUAGUAUUGACGAUAGACGCCUGGUCUGUCGAUGUGGUACAGCCCGGUGUUAUCUCUGUUGGGCACCAAGGGCAGGGAACAUCAUCACUGGGCUCAAGGCUCUCAAGCUGCCAAUGCAAGUCCGGGAGGAGCUCGAUGCCAUUCUAGCCGAGGAGUUGCUGCCCUUCGACCGAGAGUCAUUUGACGGGGUCAUGGGUCUGGCCAGGAGGGGACAGAAGUUGUGUCGGGUCCUCGGUACACUCGAUGAGAUCUUCGGCUCGGCCUCUGAAGAUGCGCCUGUUGACGUCGACGUCUGCCGACUAAGAAGGCUUCUGCGUGUCAUCGAGCAGCGCCAGCAUGGCGGAGGUCCUGAGGCCCGGGAACACCUCUUGCGCCUUGUCAAGGCCUUUUGCCGUGAGGCUGAGAGGAAAGCCGAGGAUGCCUUGAGGCGUCGUACUGUCGACUUGGGGGGAGAAUGGGUACUCCUUCCCGAGAGGCCCGAUACCCAGGACAGCUCUUUUGAUGCAUUGGACGAGUACGUCUGCAGUGCGGCUGAACCCAUCAGCCGGUUGUUGGUCCCGAUAGAGGAUACGCUGGACAACUCGGCAACUGCCGUGACUCGCGCUGCUGUUCGCCGUCGUGUCGAAGAGGAGCGACUGGCUGAGCAAGAGGCCUCACUGAAGGAAGCACAGAUACGGUCUAAUAUUGUGGACGAGGAGAAGGGACGACUGCUGGACCUUGCCAGGCAGAGUGAGAAGGCGGCUGAGGCAAUAGAGCAGUUGCACAAAUGGAGGCUGCAGCGGAUACGAAAGUCGAAAGGCAUCUACAAAGGGUUGUAUCAUGAUGAUAUGGAACUUCAGAUUGAAGAGUUGUGUCGACGACCAGAUCGACAGCUCAUACAGAUGGGCUACGGUGCUGCAAUCGAUCCGCUUGUGGUUCGUGCUAAGAAUAUUCAGCGUGAGUUCUUCUACCCGCCACAGUUGCGCACGGGAGUUGCUGGUUCCGAAGUGUCUGAUGCUGACUGUCCUCUGACUCCAUCUUAUGAAAGAGUGUGGGGUCCGACAGGCAGCCACAAGCCUCUGCCUGAUCACUCUGAUCGGGAGGUGGCCAUAUCAAUACUCGAACGCAUCUACUCCACCCUGAGCUCCCCUGAAGUGGCGGAUGAUGGAAUGGUCAAUGCGGCGAUGCAGAAGGCCGGGGACGGUAUCAAGGCGGCUCUGGAUUGGUCUUGGCUGCCAGAAAAGAAAGUCGUGGAUACCACGCAAUCUCACGUGGUCUAUGAGGACAUACCAAACCGUCCUCUGGAUGAUAACAGAGUUAGAGGACGAAGCAGGCGGCUCGUCGAAGAGAUCAUGUCCACUCUCUAUCCGCUGGGCAUCAUCAGCAGUGGUAGCGCCAGUCCAGUGAGUAUUCGGUCACCCAUGAAGGGGAGCACUGAGUGCCACAAGAAGGUGCCAACACAAGAGAGCUAUUUUGUGGACCCUUGGCCGGCCCAGGAGACCCCGGCCGAGCAUGAUUCAACAAGACCGAUAGCUACAGACCUCAUGAAGCAGUUGGGCUGUGGUGGUAGACUGCGAAGGUCGAGUAUAGGGGGCCAGAUGCACACUAAAGAUGAAGAGGAGAGGAGGAAGUUGCUGAUGAGGUUUGACGAGCUUAAUUCAAAAUAA